CGUGUGCAUUCCCUUUUUUGUUGAGAAGACCCAUCAUCUUUGGGUAGUCUAUCUGGAGGAAAGGUACGAACCAAAUCCCAUCAUUCUGUAGCGGAGGAUAAUGGAGCAACAAGACUCGACAUCCAUCAGCAAGCCCCAUGGCGAAUCGGAUCGGUACAUUCAUGACAUGCAACAGGCAAUGGCAAUGAGAAGACGUAGCAACCCCAAACCGUCACCAACAACACCCGCAUCAUCACCCCGGAAUUCUACUACAAGCAAGCAGGAGGCCGUGUCAUUAGGAUUGAGGGGUCUGGAUGAAGCCGAUUUACUGCGAGAAGAGGGACACGCUCAGUGCGCUUUGGAACUCUACCAGUCUGCCAUUGAGGUGCUGAUUCGGUCGCUGCAGGACCCUGCCAUUUCAACGUACGAUAAGGAGGCUCUGCAAGAGCGUAUACGAGUGGCACUCUCCGAUGCGGAGUAUAUCAAGGAACGCAUCAAGCGAGGAGACGUGAAGCAAGGUCAAACGACCUGUGAAUCCUCUACAGAAUCUCCCAUGAAACGAACCUGCUUUUCCAGAAUAACGGAAUAUCUAGCAAAAAUUAGGGUAGGAAAUGCACAACCGUCAAAAGGAAAGAAACAACCACAACCAGCACCGUCUUAUCGACCAAUAGGAGGACAGCAAGCAACCUCUCCACGAAAAUCAGCAGCUCCACGACAACAAACAUCUCUCCGCAAUACUAAUGUAGCCAGCCGACCUGUGAAUACAGUUGCACGUAAUUCACGACCUGCCAGGCAGCAGCAACCACAACAGGGAGGUGCAUUGGCCAACCUAGCGGCCAAAGAAUCUCAGCUCAUUCGACAAACUGUCAUGAAUGAUAUGUAUGUUCCACAGGCAAAAUUGCAAUAUACAACUUGGGAUGAUAUUGCUGGGCUGGCACCUGCCAAGCAGGCUCUACAAGAAGCUGCGAUCAUGCCUCUCAUCAGACCUGAUUUGUUCACUGGACUCAGAAAACCACAAAAUAUUUUGCUCUACGGACCGCCCGGAACUGGAAAAACCAUGUUGGUCAAAGCGGUUGCCUACGAAAGCAAGUGCAGUCUAUUCGUGUGUUCCGCUAGCUCUGUGACUAGCAAAUGGCAUGGAGAAGGAGAAAAGCUGGUGCGAGCACUCUUUGAAGCAGCAAAGCAAUGCUCGCCCUCCAUUGUCUUUAUUGAUGAAAUUGAUAGUUUGUUGUCCACGAGAAAGAGUGAUGGGGAACAUGAGGCCAGUCGACGUUUCAAGACAGAAUUCAUGGUUAAUAUGGAUGGAAUCAGCCCUACAAACGACAAAAAUAGAGUUCUCUUGAUUGCCUGUACGAACUGUCCCUGGGAUGUGGACUCGGCCAUCUUGAGACGAUUCUCUCGACGGAUCUUUGUGCCACUACCAGACAAGGAUGCCCGAAAGGCACUGGUCAAGUCGCUUUUGAAAAAAGCUGGCAAACAUUCUCUCGACAAGAGUGACAUUUCAGAUAUUGUCAAAAGACUAAAGGGCUUUAGUGGAUCCGACAUUCAGGCCAUUGCAUCAGAGGCAUCCUUUGGACCCCUCCGUUCUGUGGGAAGCUUGGAUGAGAUUAGAAGCGUUCGCGAAAAUGAUGUUCGACCCAUUGCCAUUGAAGACUUUGAUGAUGCCAUUGAACAAGCAACCAAGAGUGUGUCAAAGGGGCAGCUGAAGAAAUAUGAUGAAUGGAAGACGGAGCAGGGGGCAUGAUACCAAUGACUAAGACAGACAAUUUGCAUGGUUUUGUAGUUUGGCUCCCUCUAGGUAGCUAGACUAGUAGGCCACUACUGAGUAUGUUUAAACAGUUUGGGAGUCGGCCACUAACAAGGCGUUGUCAACCUCACCCAGAAAGUUUGUGUUUGAAGUGGUUUCCGGUGCGCCCCCGGCCAGAAUGUUUUGUAAGAAGGCGGCGGAAUGAACUUGCUCGUCCGGGUCCUUGUUCCUACAUGUACCGUGUGGUAACACCUCAAUCUACAAAUAAAUGGAACGAAAUGAAUAAUCUGGAGGGAAGCAUAAAAGGAAUUGCACGGAAUUAGAGGCAUAACAUCAUGAUGAGAGUAGUGCCAAGAAAAGAUGCGCUCAAGCGUUCUCUCCCACUGCUUCAACCUUCCUCAAAAGCGGGGGCGGAAGACCCAAACACAGAUUUCAAGGCAAAAAAAGGUUUUUCUGGUUAAUUCUGCUCUAGUCUAGCUAGCUACCGAUAGUUGUCAGAUUCCACAGAGAUCAAGUUCAACUAGAGGCACGUCACUGCAUGGUGGAGGAUUGCGUGCUGUAUGUUUUGAGUGAACACGCCUCUAGUAAAGUAGUUGAGUUAGACACGAAUCAAUCGCGCCUUGGGAUUAUCGCCUUGCUCCUCUUUUUGCUGUCGCUGUCGUCGGCGCUUACUGGUAUCGGUGCAGGCGGUUGCUUGCUGUCGAAAGGAGUUUGUCAAUUGCAUCGUGCACGUGAUGUAUCCAUCAUCCAUUUCCAGUUGAUACUUGGGAUAGGGUGAAUACUCAUGAUCAUCAUCCUCACUGCUGCUGUUUUCAUUGUCGUCAUCGGCAACACCAAAGACAGCGGCACGAGUGGCCGUGCUGGUUCCUUUUCGCAAGGCUUUGACCAAUUGUUCGUGAUGAAAAUUGAGAUAUUGGUGGUACUGUUGUUGUUGUGAAUCGUCAUCAUCAGUCUUGGCAAUACAUUUGUUUCUUAGUAUUUGUCGCUGUUGUCCCGUGAAAUCAUGUGCUUUGCGUCGUAACGUUUCGGUGGCACCAUGGCGUUGUAUGUCCUUUUCCAUGUACUUGAUGCAUUCUUGUGGCGAUGGGACAUAAAAGACCCGUGCAAACUGGCAUUGGACUCCUUCGUAGGUUAAAAAAUCGAGUAUUCGUCUCAUGGACAAGUUGGAAGCAACAUGGUAUGGAUUUUGCGGUCUUGGCGUGGCGGGAAACAAUGCUCCUUGAUGGCAUCCCAGCGUCACGUCUUCUUGGACGAGAGUGGUACGACGAUUGUAGUAGCACAGAGAGGGUGCAUGCAUGGCAAUAUCGGGAAGUGCUUCGUAGGGAUAAAGCGCCAAAACGCGUCGUAAAUUGUGGCAUCCGGACAAAUCUCCCGACCAACACGCCGUGUAGGGGAAUCCAGUCGAUAGAGCAUUGCCAGGGACGGGGUCGAAUAAGAGCAUACUCGCCGUCACUUCUUGAAAACCAGUAUUGGUAUUAUUGGCAGGAAAUGCCUUGGCCAAUUUUUGGGCCAAUUUCAUGCAGGCAACACCUCCUCGCGAGAGACCCACGCCCACGACAUGGACGAAUUCUGGCUGAUUAUUAUUAGUAGUAGUAUUCGUACUACUAGACUGACUCUUGUGAUUUUGCAGCAUUUUCCGAACAAUCGCCACUACCAAAUCGCAUUGUUCCUCCAAGCCACGAGCAAAUAAGCCACCCCAAAAACUUCCAUUGGUAACACCGCAUCCAUCAAACGACACUUUUAAUGGACAGCGACGAUCUUGGGGUACUUGAUUGGGUGCCGCCACGGGAACCGCGCAACACGCUUGCGAAAAGACACCAAUCUGCGUUGUAAUGGGGUUCAGCGUAUUGGCUGUUCCUUCCCAAAACACUGACAGGAUUUGACGACCGGCAUUGGGACCGGCAACAGACAAGCUAGUAUUAAUAGUGCUCAUGGUUGGACUUGACUCGACUCGCAAGAAACAAAGGCAAGACAAAAAUCAAAAAAUGUGCUCGUUUGGCAUUGCCACUGAUCGAACCGUUGGGGACAAUGCGCCUCCAAAUCCUCAUCCCUACAUUCGGAGACUUGUUUUUUAAAAAGGUCGAGGAGCGGAGGGUGACCAGUUCGACGUGCCCACAAAAUGAGACAUCUUCCCAAUACCGGACUACCAGAUCCCAUUUGACAGGCAGUCUACUGUAACUACAUGUACUCCGAGUAACUUACUAAAGGCACUUGAAGGUUGGCAGGUCUCCAGCAUCCACAGGAGAAAAACCCAAAUCCACAGUUUGUUUCUUUGUUGUACUGUAGCAUCUCUUAUCUACCGUAGCUACCGGUACAUGGCUGAGCUACUCAAUCACACAUUCAAACAAGAUUACUUGACUAUGUGAAGCAACUUGCGUAUUGUUCGAUGAGGAAUCAUUCUGGACAUUACAGCAACCUGAGUGGUGAUGCUGUCAGUUUUGGCUUCAAGCUUAAAAAAAUAAAACAAAAAACCAUCUAGUUGUUUCUAUUCUACAUUUGACCUUUGAAUUUUGACAGAAAUUGCGACAUCUCCACAACAACACCUCAAGCCACCACCAGAACUAUGUUUCAAAAGCUGUUUCUUGUUGGCCUCUUACAUUGCUCAGACUGUAACUGUAACCAACUAGCUAUUACUCUUCUUCCCCAAACUUGUGAAUCCUGCUUCACAGGCUCUGCAGGAACAGUUGCUUGCAGCAUCACAUGUGGUGGAUGUCACCUAUGAAAUAUCUGUGAAUUUGAUGUUGGGUGCACAUAGACCAUACUAGUACUGAUUUUGGACAGGGGAUAUGUACAUUGACAUCAGCCUAGAUUCAUCAC